UAAUUAAACCCAAUCCCUAAAACUCCAUCCCACCUAUAAAAAAAAGUAAAACCUAAUGACAUGAUCCAACCUCCAAUAAGACUUCAAUAAUCAAAACCAUGGCUGCUACCGCGUCUGUAACCAACAUAUGUCGACUUGAUGGCCGGGUAGCAAUCGUAAUUGGGGCAGCACGUGGUAUUGGCCGCGCCAUCGCCCUCCACCUUGCAUCUCUUGGGGCGAACCUCGUCCUCAAUUACUCCACUAGCGCCGCUGAGGCUGACCAUCUGGCGGCCGAGAUCAAUUCAUCAGCCCCAUCUGUAGCAUUGAAACCUCGGGCAAUCACGGUCCGAGCCAAUGUGUCAAAUGCGUCCCAAGUGAAGGCACUCUUUAACCAGUCUGAGUCAGCCUUUGGUCCUGAAAUUCACAUCCUGGUGAAUUCUGCUGGGAUACUGGACCCCAAGUACCCGAGAUUAGCGAACACCACAGAAGAGGACUGGGAUAGGACCUUUGAGGUCAACACCAAGGGCAGCUUCCUUUGUUGCAAGGAGGCUGCUAGUCACCUGAAACGUGGCGGCGGAGGAAGGAUCAUCUGCCUUUCUUCGUCGAUGGUCGGUGGACUCAUGCCCGGGUAUUCGGCCUAUGCAGCGUCCAAAGCGGCAGUGGAGACCAUGAUAAGGAUCUUAUCUAAGGAAUUAAAAGGUACACAGAUCACAGCUAACUGUGUUGCACCUGGGCCGAUAGCAACAGACAUGUUCUUCUCAGGGAAGCCCGAAGAGGAUGUACAGAUGGUGAUCAAUAUGAACCCCCUGAGCCGAUUGGGGGAGACUAAAGAUGUGGCUCCGCUUGAGGGGUUUUUGGCUAAUGAUGCGAGCGAGUGGGUAAAUGGCCAGGUUAUUUGUGUCAACGGCGGCUAUGUUUAAGAUUCUGAUUUUAGGUUCUGUUUUCAUGCCUCUAACUUUGGUUUAAACGUUAGUGACUCACAAGUGAUAUUUUUUAAGGCAAAUCUUGCGGGAAAUAGAGCUACUUUUUUCCUUUUUCCAUAUGCCUGUGAAGGGUACUUGGGAUUUUAUUUAAUAUGUGUCCCACGCAAGUGUCAUGACAAGUGCACUUGAAGUAGUUUCUUAAAACAGGAUGUCCAUAAAGACUAUUUUUUAGGUAGUAACAAUGGGUUUCUAUCCUUUUUAACAAGUAAAUUUUAUUUUAUUUUGC